AUGGACUCUCUGGAGCUCAUGUGCAACUUUGUAGGCAGCAGCGCGGCCGAAAUCGAGAAAGCCGUCGAGGACAAGUCAUUCCUGAAUCUCUGCAACCGGCCGCUGCCUAAUGGGCAAUACCCCAUUCACGUCCUGGCGAGCAGGAACAACGCGGAGAGCGUGGAAUUGCUACUGCAGGUCGGCGUCGAUGCGAACCAAGCGUCCAAAGAGCCCGGGAACCGACUAGGCUUCACAGCAGUUCACUAUGCAGCGAUUGCUAACUGUGUGCGUGCGCUGGAGGUGCUGAAGCGUUACAACGCCGACCUCGAUCGCCCUGCCGCGGACCAGUGGACCCCACUGCAUGCGGCCACGUUUCGCGGGCGGAGCGCGGCGGUCCGGGCACUUGUGAAGCUAGGCGUAAACAUCGACUGCGCUACCAGCGAAGGGCACACCCCGCUCGUGUUCGCCGUUAACCUUGGCCGAAUCGAGGAUGCGCGCUAUCUGCUUCAGAACAAGGCGAUGGUUCAGCUCAACGAUGCACACCACGACAAUCUUCUUCACUACGCCCUGCACUACCGACUUGCACAGGCCGUGAAUGGGGACUACAAGCUCCCCGAUAGCCAGCUUGACAUCGCUGUGCUGCUGGUGCUCAACGGCGUUCGCCCGGAUGAGCAGAACGAUGAGGGGGACACGCCCACGCGAUACGUAGCCGCCACACUGCCAUCGCUUCCCAAAGCGCUAGACCUUCUCUUUGCCAACGCUGACAAGCUCCAUUGUUUGCCGACAGAGCUCAACUAUCGAACUCUAGUCUCUGCUACAACGAGCUUCCUUAUCGACGAAAUUGGCAUGGCAGCCGUGCAGGCGCAGGCACUCGUCGACAUUAUGGCAGCCCUGGAAAAAGAGCGCAAGGCGAGUCGACCAAUGCGGACUGUCGCUGCGGACUGCGUAACAGAUGCUGCUGCUUCUCUCUCCCUGCCUGCAGGCCACCCAGCGGUACCUGCAGAGGUGCUGGAUCGACGUGGUGGAAAGCCCAACAGCAAACAGUGCCCUUUCCUCGCACGAUCCGGGAAGCUGCAAGCGAAUGGGCACGCCGCCGCGAACGAGGGCAAAUGCCCGCGCUGCCCCGUUGCCUUCCUUACGAUGCGCUGUGGCAAGGGGACGCUUCUGCUUGUCGGGGCUGCAUUUUUGCUUGGCUACUUCUGCGGUCAUAAAGCGCGCUGUAUGAGACCAAGAGUGUAG